AUGAUCGAGCAGCAGAAGCGGAAGGCCCCGUGCGGAGGUCCCGGUCCCGGCCCCGCUCCGGGCCCCGCCGCGGCCCCCGGGGCCUCCCCCCCGCCCGGCGCCGACGUCGCGAUCGUGCCCGUGCCUGUGCCGGCCAAGCGGCCGCGCCAGGAUGGGCCGGGGCAGGCGGGCGGAGGGCAGCCCCCGGCGGGGGCCUUGCUGCAGGCGGGCCCCCCGCGCUGCUCCUCACUGCAGGCACCCAUCAUGCUGCUCUCAGGGCACGAGGGGGAGGUUUACUGCUGCAAGUUCCACCCCAACGGCAACACACUGGCCUCUGCUGGCUUCGACAGGCUCAUCUUGCUGUGGAACGUCUACGGGGACUGUGAUAACUACGCCACCCUGAAGGGGCACAGCGGGGCCGUCAUGGAGCUGCACUACAACACUGAUGGCAGCAUGCUCUUCUCAGCAUCCACAGACAAAACAGUGGCUGUGUGGGACAGUGAGACUGGAGAGAGGGUGAAGAGGCUGAAGGGCCACACAUCCUUCGUGAACUCCUGCUACCCAGCGAGGCGAGGGCCCCAGCUCGUCUGCACAGGCAGUGAUGAUGGGACAGUGAAGCUGUGGGAUAUCAGGAAAAAAGCUGCUGUCCAGACAUUCCAGAACACAUACCAGGUCCUGGCUGUGACGUUCAAUGACACCAGUGAUCAGAUCAUAUCUGGAGGCAUCGACAACGACAUUAAGGUGUGGGACCUGCGCCAGAACAAGCUCACUUACACGAUGAGAGGACACGCAGACUCAGUGACAGGCCUCAGCCUGAGCUCCGAAGGCUCCUACCUGCUCUCCAACGCCAUGGAUAACACAGUUCGCAUCUGGGACGUGCGGCCCUUCGCCCCUAAGGAGAGAUGUGUGAAGAUCUUCCAGGGCAACGUGCACAACUUUGAGAAGAACCUUCUGAGGUGCUCUUGGUCCCCGGAUGGGAGCAAAAUCGCAGGGGGCUCAGCUGACAGGUUUGUGUACGUGUGGGACACCACAUCCAGGAGGAUUCUGUACAAGCUUCCAGGCCACGCUGGCUCAGUGAACGAGCUGGCCUUCCAUCCAGAGGAACCCAUUAUUCUCUCUGCAUCCAGUGACAAAAGGCUGUACAUGGGGGAGAUCCAGUGAAGCCAACAAGGAGAUGGGACCCGUGAUCCUUGGUUUACAGAGGUGGGAUUGACUUUGCCUCUUGCUGGUACCAGACCCCCUCACACUGAUGGCACUGGGAAAACGUUGAAGCAGCUCAAUGUGACAAACUGCCCUCCUCAGGCUGUAAUGUCACUGUACAGCUUCCUGCCAACCUCCCUCCUGUGGGGAGGAAGUAAAGGUAGGAAUUGAAAGGAAUUUGGUUUUGGCUGUACCACAGAAGAUAAAACCCUUCCCCAGAUGGCUUGAAAUUGGUCAAAGUUGUUCAAGGUCCCCAUGUGGUUUGUAUAUUGUCCAUUUCUCUUGGGUUUUUUAUACAGUGAAAACUGAAAUAGAUGGCUUUUUGCAAGA